CCGGAGCAGAUACCGCCGCCCACGCUCGAAAUGGCAGCCUCCAUGAACCGGAACAUCAUCUCCUCGCUCAACACCAUUCUGGAUUGCUCGUGCUCGCUCAACGGGAACCUACUGACCAUUAUUUCUCUCGUCACGUUCAAAGUGAGUCAUCAUCCUGUCUCUUCUUCUUUUUUCUGUUUCUCUCUUUUCUUCUUUGUUGCCUGGAAUCGCUAACGGGGACGUUUCUUCAGCUCAUUGCGUGGUGUGCUGCCGCAGCCAAGAAUACACCACGAGCAAAUACGUCCGAGGCUGAUACCCCCGUCGCUCUGAAAGAGUUGCUACGAAGCCCCCCAGCGGGCUUAGAUGGCCUGAUGGAUGCACUCGGUGCCACGGGAAAUGAGCAGGUCCAAGCGGCGGCACAGACAGUGCUGAAUGACCUCUAUCGCGUGCAGGAUCUGGUCAAUCUGUUCUCGCAACGACUCAGCAUGGCGCGACGAAGGCGGAGUGCAGUCGGGGGAGGCGAAGCCGGAUCAGAUAUCCUCGCCGCCAUGUACAACACUUCGACGACGUUGAGCGAGGUCAGUGGUCGCGUCGACCGCAGCGAGAUAUACGCUAACGAGAGAACAGCAAGUAUCGGCGCAAUUAGAAAGCGAUUUGCGACGACGUUUACGAGCUGUCAGCUUCGAGACGGUGCAGAUCCUUCUGCGCGGAUGAGCAAGCAUUCCGGUCUGUGGCUUCCGAUGUCGUCAAGCCGGGAGCUUGAGACGUGACUUCUUCUGGAUAUAUA